AUGUUUUUGAUUUUCGCUGUGGGUUUUUUGGCGAUUGGGGCGAAGGCGCAGGGAAAUGUGACAGGAGAGCCGGUGCCUGUUGUGAUUUGGCAUGGAAUGGGUGAGUUUUUGGAAUUCGGCGGGAAAAUUAUGUCUUAUGUUAGGAGAUUUUCUCAAAUACCUUCACCGAAAUCACAGUAAUUAAUCUUCAUUGCCCCUCAAACAAUCCAAAUUUUCUAGGUGACUGUUGCUGUAACCCUUUAUCCAUGGGAUCAGUCAAAAAUCUCAUCGAAGAACAAGUUCCCAAUGUCUAUGUUCAUAGUCUUCAACUGGGUGGUUCAAUUGCAAAAGACAUUGAACACGGCUUCUUUUCAAAUACAAAUGAAUUAGUCUACAUGGCGUGUAUAAAAAUACAAAAAGAUCCGAAACUUGCACAAGGCUAUAAUGCUAUCGGUUUCUCACAAGGCGGGCAAUUUUUGAGAGCUGUUGCUGAAAGAUGUCCAAAUCCACCAAUGAAGAAUUUGGUAUCGAUUGGUGGACAACAUCAAGGUGUUUUUGGGGCGCCUUUUUGUAUUGGUGAUAAUAUUUUGUGUAAUGCAAUGAGGAAAAUGAUUGAUUUGGGAGCUUAUACUUCCUUUGUUCAAAAGAGGUGAGGGGUUCUGUAGUUACGAAUUUUUACGCCAAAAGUCCAUAUUUAAGUUUCAAACGCCUACAAUAAAAGUAGGGUUACUGUAGGCGCCAAAAAUUGACAAAUUUGAGAUUCUAGACUUGGAGAACUUAAACAUAAUUUCAGAGUUGUUCAAGCUCAAUAUUGGCACGAUCCAAAUGCGGAAGAAGAAUAUAAAAAACGAUCGAUUUUCCUAGCCGAUAUCAACAAUGAAAAUGUGAGUUGAGCUGUAAUUUUCAGCAGCCUGACUUUCAUUUUUGAAAAUUUCAGAACAACAAUCCACGGUACAAGAAAAAUCUUCUGAAGCUCAAAAAUUUGAUGCUAGUAAAGUUCAACCAAGAUCACAUGGUUGUUCCAAAAGAAUCCUCUUGGUUUGGAUUUUAUAAGCCGGGAGAUAUUGAUACAGUUCAGAAUAUGAAUGAAACUGAUUUGUAUCUUCAGGUAGGUAAAGUUUUUGUCAGCGCCUAUAAAACCUAGUUUCGAAUUAUUUUUUCUGGAAGUUGAAAUCUGACCAAUAACUAAUUUCAGGAUCGAAUUGGUCUCCGAAAACUUAAUGAAAGUGGUCGAUUGCAUUUUUUGGCUGUCGAUGGAGACCAUCUACAAAUUAAGCGACAGAUUUUGAUUGAUGAAGUUAUCAAAAAGUUUUUGAUGUGA